AUGCGUGCCUACAUUGCGAUUACCCUUUUGGCCCUGGUGGCAGCGGUCGUGGCCCAAGGAGGUGGCGGUUAUGGUCGCGGAGGACGCGGGGGAGGUGGUGGUUAUGGUCCUGCAUACGGCGGUGGCGGUGGCGGAGGUGGUGGUGGCGUUGGCGUUGGAUUGGGCCUUCAUGUAGGCCCUGGAGGCUUUGGUGGUGUACACGGUUUUGUCGGUUCCGGCGUUCCAGAACGUUUUGGAGGUCUUUUAGUUUUUGGAGGUCCUGGCGGUCCUGGCAGUCCUGGUGGUCCUGAAGGUUAUGGAGGCUUCAAUGGUGGUUUCGGAUCGGGUCCACCGCGUCAACCUGGUACCCGAGGUCGGCCAGGUCGCCAAGGUCGUCCACAUCACCCACAUGACCCACGUCGCCCAAGACCUGUGCGCACCACCACGGAGAAUAGUUUGCUUGACAAAACCACCGCUAGCUCUUCCGGCGAAAGCAGCUCCACUGAUAGCACCACCGAGAGCAGCUCCACUGAUAGCACCACCGAGAGCAGCUCCACUGAUAGCACCACCGAGAGCAGCUCCACUGACACCACCACCAAUUCAGGAUAG